GCUUUCUUCGUGCGGAAAUUUCCACCUCGUCACCAGCCCCUUGUCUCAACACUAUAAGAAUUUGGUUUGGGCAUACCUUUUCGCGGAUUGAAAUUCACUAUACAUGGAUAGGUGGUGACUUGAACAUUGGUCACAGUCCGAGAUUGAGAGCACACCGUUGAUCAGUAAAGCAAAAUACCCUUCUGUCCGGAGCAUAUUGUUUUCAACUGGUCGCUCUCUGGGAUUGAAGCACCGCCUUAGCACACCUAGCCGCGCUGAGGACUUGGAAUGCAGAACUCAAGCAAUGGCGCAGCGGGCGCAUCUUUGGCACAGAAGCAGCUUCACCCAAUCCCCUCACCCAAUGGCCCCGUUUCUUCCGGACAAUCCAUCCCCCACCAGCCUUCAGAUUGGUCACCACGACCGGCUACAUCACCAUUAAGCAAAGCCCGUUUGUCGCAGCACCCGGUGUCUUCAAGUGCGAACAAUCAUGCUCUGAACGCGCCCAAUCCUCUUUUAGACCCAAGGGUUCCCUCAGGCGUGGACAAUUCUCAGCGUCCUCGCUCAGACAUCCUCGGCGUCAGGACGUCCAGCGAAAACACCGCCGUGUCCAUCUUCUCAAUGUAUGUCGACCAUGACACCGUUCCCGACGCCCCCGAAAGUGUUUCAGCGCCUCAUGGGUCCCGACUUUCAUCCGGCAAUCAUGCUGUGCGCCCUCCAUCUCGCAUUUUGGAUCGGCUUGCAUCGACCCUCCGUUCCUCCGUUGAAAGCAGUAAAACGCCUAGCGAUCGCCCACAAAGCCAAAAUUCCACGGCAGGACUUGCAUAUCUUGAUGGAAUUUCUGGCACAGAACUGCUCUCUUUUAAGCCCUUGCACAGCCCCCCAAUCAGCGAUACUCUCCCGAUUUCUUCUACCUCAGCCAACUUUGAAAGUGCUGUGACGAUAGCCAUAAAUGGGCCGCAAACUCCGACGUCUGAUGACGGCGAUUCUUUCUUCUGUCCACCAUUCCCCUCGAUUCCUUCCCAUUCAACUACAGCUAAGGGCCCAAUGAUGCGUCCAUCGUCGCGCUCUUCCCGAGUAAAGAGUCAGGACGCUCAAGCAUCCAUCUCUUCUCCAGAUAUACUGGCCUCGCAAGAGAGCGGGUCUCGGCCUCGCCUAUCUUCAACUUCAGCACGCCCCUCCUCGUCCACAAGUGACCCCCGGCAUCCCUCUUCUUCCUCCAUUCAUGGGCAUAUCGACUCAACGAACCUGUAUGCAGGUGCUCCGACGAUAGCGUUUACACAUUUAUCGCCUGACAAAGGGUCGGCCACAGCGUCGGCGAAGUCGGCAUCCAUACUUUCUCAGCCCCCCUCCCAUAGGGGUGCAGACGAAGAAGCUGAUGCGGAAUACGUGAGAAAUGUAUAUGCGCGGUUUGAUGCAUUGGGUGGCGUUCCAGGGGAUGGGUUUGAAGAAGGUGUCGAACGUACCCGUGCCAGACUUCCUAGUGCCGUGGGAGUCACGUACUCCGACGAGGUGGGCGUUGUCAAAGGAGCCAACAUUUCUGAAAGGGAAGAGCAACGGCUACGUAACGUGGACCGCUAUGGGUUCUUCACUGACUCCAAGUCGUCCCAUCAUGACUCACGGCUAACUCUGCUUCCAACCGCCCCUUUCACCCGGAGGAUUAAAC